AAUUGACAGCAUCUUUGCCUUCAACUGGGAAAAAGUCGAUCGAGAACAUUUAGUUCUUGAACAUUCAAAACUUAUUGGCAUCUAUGAUGAACUCGAUCUAUUGUGUUUAUCAAUUCAAGAAUAAAUCGAUUUUGUUCACCGACAUUUAUGUACGUUCAGCUUCUGCGAUCAAAAUGAAUAUUUGACAAAAGAUCUAUCGCAACAAACUGCCGAUCUUCUUUGGUAUCAACUUUAUCAUGAUGUUCUCUUUGAGUUAACACAUGAUGAAAAAGCUAGACAAGAAAUGAUCGAUGCUUGUCGUUCCUACUAUCGAGAUAAUAUCAAAGAAUUGGAAGUGAUUGACAAGUUUGAAAAUGAAUAUCGAUCAGAAGAAGCUCUUCAAUGGUAUUUAAGAAAAUCAUUUAUCUACAAAAUCAUCAGCAAAGCAUUAAGAAUCAAAGAUUUCGAUCAGCUGUACACAUUUCGGUAUUUUAUGAAAGAUCUUACAGAAUGUCUCGAUCGAGAACAUCAAAAGAUUGUUGAAUCUGGUAAAGAAAUAUUAUUCAUGUAUCGAGGAAUGAAACUGACAAAUGAUCAAAUCGAGAAAUUCAAAGAAAACGAAAGUAAACUUGUUUCAAUCAAUGGAUUUUUCACAACAAGUAGUCUUUGUUCAACUGCAUUGAACCAAGCAAUGAAACUUUCGAAAGACACUGAUCUCAUCCUUGUUCUCUUAAAGAUCCAAUACCAUGUACAACAUCUGAACAACAGUGGCAUUGUUGCUGUCAACGUUCAUUUCGGUGAAUCUACAUAUGAAGGAGAACAAGAGAUUCUGUUCGACUUAAAUAUCACUUUUCGAUUGGAGAGUGUGAAAAUGGAGGAAGGCAUGUGCUUAAUUAAAAUGAAUGCAUCAAAUGAAGGUCAACUUAUCAAAGAAAACUUUAUCAAAGAUUCACGUCGUCAAAUGAAAAAUCUAAGCACCAGUAUUCUGUUUGGAAGAUUGAUGUGUGAUAUGGGUCAAUGGAAUCAAUCACAACAUUUCUUUGAACAUUUAUUGAACAACUCGAAUAUCUACAAUGAAGAUCUUACAAAGAUUGAAUGUAGUCUUGGUGAGGUUCUUCAAUGGAAAGGAGAAUGGAAUGAAGCACGGAAAUAUUAUGAUCGGGCUUAUGAUCGGAUAAUGAAUGUGAAACCCACACGGAUCAAGGAUUCAGCUGAUAUACUUUUGAAUAUUGGUAAAAUUUUCUAUCUAGAAGGAAAGUACGAAGAAGUUGGUGAUUACUAUGAACAAGCAUUAGCCAUGCGAGAAGAAAAUUAUUCCUUUACCAAGAUUAACAACCCUUGUGCACCGAAUCGUCGACGCCGUAAUGUGCUGAGUCGUAUUCGUGCGUCGUUCCAGUCAGUUUUAUUGAGUUCAGGGGGAUUAUUUCAUCCGUGUUCCGGACGACUUUGGACUAGAAAAUUUCGAGAAACUUCUCGUUGGUUUCGUUCGAAAUAUGCGACAAACAGAGCGGAGCCUGUUGACGAACAGUCAAGCCAAACUCACUUACAAGAAAUGUGUCGAAACUUACAGGAAACUGGUUGGUUACAAUUGAUGGAGAUUCACUUGGAUAAUUAUGUGCCUAUUGCUAUAAGUCUCCAUAGUUUCGAAAAAAUCCUCUUUCGACAAGCCAAGUAUGAUGAAGCACUUAUCUUUCAUAAACAAGCACUGGCAAUGCUCGAAGAAUAUUAUCAAUGUCCUCAUAUCGAUAUCGCCGUUUGUCUUGGCUAUAUUGGCCAGGUUCUUACAUAUAAAAGAAAAUACGACGAAACUCUUGACUUCUGUCAACGAGCAAUGUCAAUUUAUACAAAAUAUUAUCCAAAUGGUCAUGUAUACAUUGCCUCCACCCUCAAUUAUAUUGGUUACGUUCUCUAUCUUCAGGGCAAACAUGAUGAAGCUCUGAAGACUUAUGAACGAGUGUUGGCAAUGUUACAAAAGUAUUAUCCAUCGGACCAUGUCAAGAUUGCCGUUUGUCUCACUGCAAUAGGAAAUGUUCAUUAUGAACAAGGGAAAUAUGAUAAAGCCAUUGGGUUUCAGAAACAAGGACUGCAAAUUCUACAGAGAUAUUAG